GUUAAAAUAUAAAACAAGAAAUAUGUGCAAUUAAAAACAAGAUAAAAUGGGAGCUACAAUGGUAAAAAAUGGAAAUUUAUUGGAUGCGUUGCCACAGGGAUCAGGAACCCUACAUAUUGUUAUGCUUGGCUUGGAUUCAGCUGGGAAAACCACAGCGCUGUACAGAUUAAAGUUUGAUCAAUACCUAAAUACAGUCCCAACAAUUGGGUUUAAUUGUGAAAAAGUUCACGGUACUUUGGGAAAAGCAAAAGGAAUUCACUUUCUUGUUUGGGAUGUCGGCGGACAAGAAAAACUGCGACCGCUGUGGCGUAGCUAUACUCGUUGCACGGAUGGAAUCUUAUUUGUAGUAGACUCUGUAGAUGUAGAGCGCAUGGAGGAGGCAAAGAUGGAACUAAUGCGAACAGCAAAAUGUCCAGAUAAUCAGGGUGUACCUGUUUUAAUUUUAGCAAAUAAACAAGAUUUACCUGACGCUUGCAGUCCCAAUGAACUGGAAAAACUUUUGGGACUACACGAGCUUCAGAACCCAUUGUCAAAUUUUUCGACUGCCACAUCAAUGUCAACAAGCAACAUUGCAGCUUUCAAUGCUAACAACCAAACUCAUAUAAGUCGUGAACCAAAUGUUAUUAACCAAUUGAGAUCGCCAAUUGCGCCACCAGUAGGCAAAUUUACAUCAAACAGUAACAGCAAAGUAAAACUCUCAAACAUGCCAGAUGAUGAGCUCGACAGCAAUAUACCGUCCAAUGCACCAAUAACACCAAAUGCACUAUCAGAGAACAGCUCUCAAUUUACACUCUGCUCUUCCAGCUCAAGCGGUUCUGUCCAACUCAAAGGUUGGUUUAUUCAACCAGCAUGUGCAAUAACAGGAGAGGGUCUACAGGAAGGGUUAGAUGCUUUAUAUGACAUGAUUUUAAAGCGACGAAAGCUAAGUAAGGUUAAUAAAAAAAACAAGCGGUAAUAUUCCAUAUCGCAGCAGAGUGUAUGUAUGUGUAUGUAUGCGUGUAUGCUUGUAUUUAUAGUUAAGUCUGCUUAGCACAAUUGUAAAAGUGUCAUGCACAAAUAAAAAUAUAUUGCAAAUGUAUUACCGAUGUAUUAAAAGAUGUCUUUUAUCUGAAA